CACGAAACGACCAUGGCCCAGGAAGCGGUGGUCGACGGCCGCCAUGUGUUUGCCUACGCAGGAUGGACGUUCGAGACAAUCAAGCGCGGCGCGCUGAGCUCAUCCGAGCGGUCGGCCAUGAGCGACCGCUUCCGCUUGCCGCACGUACCAUUGCCCGAAAUGCUCUUUGGAGACAACCUCUUGCAGGCGACACACGAGGCGUCGGGCUGGCGCGUGGCCUUCCGCGCCGAAGACGCGCUUGCGACGUGGGCGACCGCCCAGCGAGAGGCGCACAACGUUGAGGCCACGGCGUUCGACGUCACGUACACGUGCGCGUACCGCGGAACACUUUCCGAGCACGCGACGCCGCAACCGACAUGCGAGACGCUGCCACUCGAUCGGCUGCGCGAACACGCCGCCAUUCUCUUUUACGAUGACGUGAUCCUCUUUGAAGACGACGUGCGGGACCUCGGCGACGUCGAAUGCAGUGUCAAGCUCCGCGUCAUGCCGUUUGGAUUUCUUAUCCUGUGUCGCUUCUUUGCCCGCGUCGACAACAAGUGUGUCAAGCUCCAUGACGCACGCUACUACCACAGCUUUGGCACGACGUACGUCCUCCGCGACUAUGAGACACGCCACGCCCAGCACAGCGAGCUCCAAACGGUUGACACGCCCAUGGGUAUUGUUCCGACCGCCAACGUCGUCUACGAAGCCAUCACGCCGCAGCAUGCAGAGACCGAGCGCUUAGCCUUGGCGCCAGAUGACGUCGACCUCGUCCGUGCGGAACCUACAAGGACUUAG